AUGCCUCUGAACGUCAACGACACCGACCUUGACCUUGACAUGUCUGAACUUCCAGAAUCUCGCAAAGGGUUCACUGAUAUGACCUUUUGUCUCGUUAGCUUCGAGCUCGCAAACGUUUUCAGGCGUAUCGUUCACGUACCUUCACGUUCCGCACAGCCUAACUUCUCGUUCUCAGCGCUGGCUGACGAACAGAAGGAGGAAUGGAUUGCACAGUGCAGACAAAGGAUGCAGGACACAUAUAUCGCAAAUGCCAACAUAAGUUUGCCACCUGUCUGGGUCGCUGCAACGCUCACACGUCUUAUCUUAUCGAAAAUGUCAUUUAUGGCAUACCGCUCCUUUCAAGGGGUCGACGGCAGCGAAAGGUGGUCUCAGCAGAUCAAGGAUAAGCUCUUCCUUGCCUCAGUUGAGGUUGUCGAAUACGCAAACCAACUUAACAACGAUCCUCGUGCCCAAAAGUGGAGCUGGCUGUUCGGCACAUACGUCGAAUGGUACUCGAUUACCUCACUGCUCUCCGAGUUAUGCAAGAGUACUCAAGGUGAGCUUGUCGAGCGUGCCUGGAAGGCCAUAGAUGUACUGGUGGACACACAGGUUGGCGACGCACAAACAGACCCCCGGCGUGCAUUUUUGCGGCGGCCGGUGAGGGGGCUGAUGGUGAAGGCCAUGAUGGCAAGGGAGCAGGCCCUCAUGGCUGAGCCUUGUCUAUCUGUACCACGUUCUUCUAAGCCCUUUGCAGCCUAUCCUGCAAUAGAUAAGUUGCUAGACUGGGCGAACCUCAGUCGCGCACUUUCUAGGCAAGUCCAGUCGCCGAAUGCAAAAAAUACCACGAUGCACGAUACGUUCGCACAUUCUUCUCAACAGGAUGUUAGUGGGCUGUUGGGUAUGGGUUUCGACUGCCUUAUGACAGACGAUAUUGAUCCGCGGGUGCCUGUGUAUGGACAACUGCAACCAGGUGCCUGGGUGGAUGAGCAAGAUAGCCGGCGGCUGGCGCAUCAAGACACGACACAGGUAGUGCCAAUUGGCGCGAAUCAUCAGCAAGAUAUUCUCAGUAUGUGCGAGACAGGAAACGAGGACAUUUGGACAGAAAUAUUACCGGGAUAUGAGACACACAACGGGGGUUUUUCAUCAGCUAUCGAAUAG